AUGACGGUCCGACAAGUGGCGACCAGUAAUAGCAACCUGAGUGUCCGAGUCAACGGCAGCGUUAUACGUGCCGUGCCCGGUCAAGUGAUCCGCCGUGUCACCGGCGAGAUUGUCAGAGUUCUCGAAAAUGGCACCCUGGAACCCGUGGAUCUCCAAAACCCACCGAAAACGAUCAUCACCUCUCGCGACAGACCCAUAUCGCUCGAUUCUGAGAGCGACGAUACCAGCUCGCGAGGUGAAGACUCUUCGGAAGAAUCUGACUUUGAAGUCAUACGUGGUGAUAUCAGUUCGAGUGAGGGAGGCGCACCGGGACGUCAGAUGAGCAUCCCAUCUGAAGAGCUGAUUCGCAAAAUAGAGUUCAAACCUUAUUCUCCCCCUAUCGAAAGUCAUCUCGAUCCUGAGAUCUUCGAUCCGGAGCUGUUGACUCCGGCAGUCGAUUUGACAGAAGGCCAACCGUACACCGAGUCGUCACUCUUGAACAUGAGCGCAAAGUCUGCCGAAGAUCGAUGCAGUCUGCAGUCAUCGUUGUAUCCGAGCCUCACGGAUGCGAUGACUGUGGACGAAGAUGGCGAAAUGCGCUUGGAUCCGGAUCUCUUCAAUGACUACAUUGAUACGCUCGCCGUACGAUUCGGUUACGCUCAACCACGGAUACCAACGGGCAGCCUCUCGUAUUUGUUCCUACGCAGGCCGAGACCAAAAUCGCAAUUCACCCCCUACGUUCCGGUACCCAGAGAGGAAUGGCACACCGGCAUUCCUGCGAGCCAACAUUCCGAUGCGAGCGAUUCCGAAACAACUUCUUGCUCCUCCACUGAAGAAAACGAGGAUGAAGCAAAAGAAGAGGGAAGCGAAGAAGACGAGCCAUUUUGUGAAUCGGAGGGAGCAGAGGCGAUUCGAACGUUCCAUUUCUACAAAGGCGUCAAAUUGUCCGAGCCGGUCGAGUUGUAUGAGCCGUUCGUUGUUAUGGAUCGGUUGAAAACCAGGAGAAGCAAGAAGACCGUGCGCCUGCGCGGUUUGCACAGGAGUCGUGCCGGGUUCGCACUUUUCGAAUCGGGAAAGAGAGAUUUGUUUUUCAAUCUCGACCGGUGCCGUGUGAAUGAAAAGACCGCGAAGCCUCACAGCUUAGUGACAGCUCUUCUAUUUCUCUUCGUAUGCCUUGAGCCAGACGAGUCGUCGUGUUUCCAUUGUAUAUAUAAGCAUUUCGUCCACUGA